AUGUUGCUGCAACGAUUACGCUGGCUUUUGCCAGCACUAAUUGUAUCUUUGACGAACCUGAAAUUAAGUGCGUCUUUACCGGCUCAUGAUGAACGUUCGCACGUAUCUGUGAAUACAUUUGAUCCUAGCAUAGCUACUUCAACAAUGAUCCGCCAGGAUUACAACAAACGUGUGCAUUCUCCGAAUGGCAAAAACGACACGCAAUCCAGCCACAAACUGGUCGCUUCCCCGGCUGGACUUUUGCGGCCCGACAAGUUUCAGUUUUAUACUUACAACGACAAGGGUGAUAUGAUUACGCGGCAGAUGACCGCUCAGGAAAUUCAAGGUCUCAUCGCUGCAGGUGGCGCGGAUCACGUCGCGGUGGAUAGACAAGAACCUCAAAAAGCCGAUGAUGUACUGACUGGCGGAAAAAAGGUCAUGGAUGUAGUACAGAAGGUACAGAAUGUGUUGAAGAGCGCACUCGACAAGCCACCGAUCUUAACGGGUUUGAUACCGAAGAUUCCAGAACACGCAAACGUCGAAUGGAGCAACAUUCUCCCUUCCAUUCUGUCCGGCGAGGCAGAUGCGAUUUCUCCCGGCAGUGAAUCUAAUCAAAUGUUGCAUAAGCUUACGACAGAAAAUAAGACAGAAACUGCGUCGUCGAGCGCGACGAAUAUCGGAACUGGUCUGAAAAAUCCGGGGACGAAAAAGCCGACGACGCCGGACGUUCAGACAAAUGCGUACGCUGGUUUUACGAAUAAUAUGCAGCACGAGAAACAUAACGAGAAACUACAUCCUGCCCAUUAUUCGCAACAUCAGAUGUCGGAAAUCACGGAGAAACCAAUGAUUCCAGUACCAGUCAUCACUUUGACGGAACAAAAAUUCUCUACCUUGCAUUCUGCCAUCACCGAAAGCCCAAUCUUCCAAAUGCUAAGUGUGAUUCCGGUUGAAAGUACACAUAAUAAGGCAGGCCAGACCGAUUCGUACACAGCCGACAUCGGUGCCACGAGUUUCUCUCAACCGUCUACCACUCAGAAGACCGAAGGACCGAGUCAAACGGAGCAGUUCGUUGAGUUAAUGCUGUCGGAAGUACCCGAAGCUACGACAUUCUCGCAACUAACGAGCUUAGAUACGCAUUCUAUACAUGUCACGAAGCAGACGUCUAUGAAUCCGGAUAAUCAAGCAAGUCCCGCAAAUCAGGAAAUCAAAGUCCCAACCGUCUAUUCGACGAUUGUUCCGGGUACAUCGACGAAUCCUUCUAUCGUCGAUACAAAGCAGGCUGUAACACGCGAACCUGUCGAAGUGACAAACGCAGCUGACAAGAUCUCUUCUCUCUCGAAUAUGAGUUACGUUCUUAUCCAGGAUAAGAACAAUACGAAACAAUCGGAAGAUUUUUCAUUCGUACCCGCGAUUACGAAAGAAUCCCAAAUUAACGGGACGCACAAUGAUGAUAAUAAGAUAAUCCCACCAGCUUAUACCGCCACCUCGGAACCGCUUUCUCACGCGUCCGUGCCUGUAAAAUCCGAGGUGGCUGCGACUAACAAAAUCGCAUUGCAUUCACCAUCCACGUUCGCCACCUCUUCGACAAUCGAGGCCGCGACUGUUCCGACUUCGCUACAUACCACGGAUCGUCAUCGCGGUGAAGGCUCCUCGAUCGUUACGAAAGAAUCAUUAGGCCCGGUUACGUCAACGUACACGGAAAAUUAUCACGAUUCCCAAUCUCUAACCAAGAUCCAAUCUUUGGCACCGAUGGAACCGCUAUCCACGCAAUUGAGCGAUUCCUUUUCGAAUGUAAUGAAUCAGGUUUCGGAAGUAAAACCCGCUAUAUUAUCUUUGUCGGACGAGGGGCCGCCGGAAAUGUCGAUCAUGAAUAUUAAUUACGAUCAGAGACGCAACGAUUCGGGUGAGCUUGCGAAUCCAGAUACGUCUCAUGACGCAAUCGAAAAAGCUGUCGAACGUUUCAGUACGCAAACCUACGUAGAAGUUAGCACAGAAAUUCCACCGCAGGAUAGUACUUCUAGACUUAUCGACUACUCUAUCACUCAACGACCCGUCAAUGCAAUGAACAGAGAAUCGAUCAGUGAUGCGAACACUAGGAUCAAGAUGACGACAUCGGCGAUUGAGAGCGAAGCGACGAAUAACAGAAUGACGAUUAAUGAUAUUUUUAUCACGACGCCAGCUGGAUCGACUCUUGAAUUGACUAAUACAAAAUCAACAUCUUCUUCUCCAGUGAAGAUCCAGCUGGAAAAGAUUCACGACAUCUUGCCGGAAAAUCAGACCAAAACUCUCGCGACUCUCGAAAUCACCACCGCUACUAAUGUACCGACUUUGGAGAAACAAGUCAUCGAUCAAACUACAGAAUUGUCUCAAGAGGAAAUUUCACCUGUCACUUCGACUGAUGCAGCUAAGACGCAAUCGACAGCCGAGUCUUUGAAUCCGAUCAGCGAAUAUCUCGAUAAUGUUCUGGCAAACUUAAACUUGAGUAAUCCAGUGUCCGCUAUCGAUCAAGUAUUGAAUCUCGCGUUGGUUCCGCCCAGCACUCCUGCGAUCGAGCCGAUCGGUUUACCGAGUGAUACGACGAACUUUGUAGCUAGUGAUUUAGCGAGUAGUCUUAUCGCCGGAUUUGCAACGUCAGAAAGAUCGUCCUACGAAGAGAGCCAGAUAGCGAAAAAUACGUCGAGUGACGCGACAAAGUUUGCAGAAUCCACCGAAAGUAUUACUAAGCUGCAGGAAGAAACUGUAGGAUUUAAUGUAAAUGAGUAUCAGGGAGAGAAAAAUAUUAUUCAAACGUCAACGCAAAAAAUAUCGACAAAUCCGGCUGGAAACGUCACGAAACCCGAAAUAAUUAUGCAGACAAGAGAGUCAAAUGAUACGUUGGAACCGAUUAAAUUGAUAAACAAUAAUGAGUCGAGUUUCGAUUAUCCUACGACCAUAUCUUUAUCUUCAUUAAACAAAUUCACGAAUAUUAACGACGAAUUAAAGAAUAAUAUUAGACAGAGCACUAUUGCUGCAGAAAUUGUCACGGCAAAUCCCGAGCAAUCGACAAAUAUCAAUACAACUAAUAAAAAGAAAAUAGAAAAUAAGGAAAAAGUAAAAAUGACAGAAGCGCCUGCUAUAAGGACGGACGUAAGUCCCGAAUUACCGCGAUUACCUGUAAAAGUUGAAUUAAUUGAUUCGGUUAACGCGAAUAAUUUGGCAGAUGCUUCGAAGAGUAGUUCAAAAAUAGAAAAAAAUGGAUCUUUCACAAAUACUCCGUCAGCUGUUGAAAUUCCUGCUAACGAUUCCAAUUCCGAGUUUGACAGCUCACACGAGUACAUUAGCAAUGUCACAAUUUCAAAUGUUACGUCUAACGUUCCCAUGUCAGAUAAAAGUCCUGUAAAUUCUGCGUUUUCGCAAAAUCAUGUUAAUAAUACAACUGAUUAUAAAAAUAAAAAUAACAUAAAUCAAAAUAAUACUAAUUCCUUGUCUUCUCCGUCGAUUCAAGAAUAUGCAAGUACCGAUCGUCCUAUCAUCGAAAAUGUGACGCAGAAAUUAUCGGGGAAUGUAAAUGAGAACAAGGAAGAACUUUCUCAACCAAGUCUGAUUAAUGCGGACAAUUUGAACUCUGCCAAGAACACAUCAAAUCAGAAUAAUAAAAAUGUGACACAGACCACGUCGACAGUCAACGCUAAUAUUUCAUCAAUGAAGAACACUUCGCAGAUUAAUUUAAAUAACACGGAUAAUAAAUCCACGUCUUCGAAACAUUCUGAGAACCCUUCGAAGCCGGAAGUAAUACGUUUUCCGCUAUCGACUCCACCUUCAGUCCGUCAAACGUCAAAGCCUACUGUCGAUCAUAAACCAUCGGAGAAGUCUGAUCUCACGAAGUCCGAAGCGGACGUGAACACGGAGGAUAAGUGGACACUUAUAUCGCAACAAACCUCGCCGAUUAUGACACCGUCGAAACCGCCGAGGAAACCAAUAAAUCAAGUCCAGACUCAGUCGCCGUCCAACUCGGAGGACGAGAGUGUCGAAAAUCGUUCACCGGCAGCCGAAACGGCGGUGACCCAUCAGCCGGAUCAGCAGGAUCAACACACUUCGACUCAAUCUAUGAUACCACUUUGGGACGCGUCGCAGAGUGCAAGCGGAUUGGAUGUUACUAUAAGACACACGAGCUCCGAUAUCGUCAAUUUCGCCCGACUGUGCAACGAGCUGGCCUUCAAUUUCUGGGUAGCCACCAAUAAAGGUCUGAGUACCGCGAGGUCGCUGGCCUUGUCACCAUUCGGUAUGACCAGCCUGCUGGCGAUGAUCUUCCUAGGCGCGCGUGGGCCGACUUCAGAUCAGAUGAACGAGGUGCUCGGCUUGGACGACGUGGCUACCUUCAAUCCGCACUUGGUGUUCCAGAAUAUAACCGACACGGUGAGCUUAGCCCGUAGUCAGGGUAUCGCAAACGCCGCCUUCGUUCGCGAGCUCUUCGCUGACAAGAUGAAAGUCCGGAAGCUCAUGCCUUUCUACAAGGAACAGGCUCAACAAUUUUACGAGGGUCUCGUAGCCGAGGUGAACUUCGCCACCAUCAGCGAUCUCGUUCGCAGGAGGACGAAUCUGUUGGUCAGGAAACAGACAGGUGGUAGAAUCAAGGACUUCGUCAAGACCAACACGGUACCACUCAGGUCACCUUUGGCGGCGCUUUCCGCUAAUGUGUUUCAGACUGAUUGCAACAGUACUCUGACCAGUUCCAUCGGCAGGGACGGCGAAUUGUACUUCGCGGUCUCGCCAGCUGUCAGACAGAGAAAACUUGUGCCGGUUCCGGCUACCACUUGGCGAUCAGGUGUCUUAGCCGGCUACGAGCCCAGCAUCGACGCUACCGCGGUCGCCCUUGGCGGAAGCGACAAAUUGGUUUCGACGAUCUUCGUGUUGCCAGGUCAACAAGGUCACACCGCACCUGGUGACACCCUGGAUCGCCUCGAGCAGCGUAUCGUUAGAAGCGCCUUCCGCGACGGAGCCUGGAACAAGCUCCUUAAGGUCCUAAUCCCGCGUAGCGGCUUGGAGCUACAAGUGCCUAAAUUCAGCCAUAGAUCUGUCAUUAACGCGACCGCGGCCUUGAAGAGAAUGGGUCUCGACGAGCUCUUCUCCGGCAACGCCGACUUCAAAGGAAUCAAUGGCGUGGGUCAUCGUCUCUAUUUGGCCGAUGUGUUGCAGAUGAAUCUAUUCAGCACCUGCGGCGAUGAAAAUAUUCUCAGUGGUCGGCAUCACGUAGAAACGUAUCCCGCGAGCCCGUUAAGAAGAAAUAUCAAACGACAAAUGGAAGACACCGACAAUCUCGGCAGCAACGCUGAAGAGGACGCGUCGAGAUACGGAGGUAUUUUAUCUUCGCAAGAGGACCACGUGGAUUUGUUCUACGCGGAUCAAUCGCAUAUGGAUCGGUUCUACCGGCAGAAAAGACAGCCUUCCGGAUUGUCAGAGAGACCAAGAUUGAAGCUCGACAGGCCCUUCUUAUAUUUCGUUCGACACAAUCCUUCCGGUAUAAUACUACACAUGGGACGUUUCAAUCCCCGAUUAUUACCUUAGACAAAGGCUCACAACGACAAUGCCAUCAAUUCGAUCCUGUUCCUUCUAUUCGACGUCUUGUAUGUCUAGAAAUUCUUGUCGGGAAAUCAGUUGAUUCUCUCGAUACAUUUUGCUCAAAUGACUCUUUCUUUCUUCUUUUUUUUCUUUCUCUCUUUUUUUUCUCUACCAAUUUAGCACGUUAUAGCGGUCCAGGAUGUAUACUUGGCAUGUCUAGGAAAUUUGUAAACAACUUUCGCUUAGAAUUACUUAUUAUUAAUUAGCUUCUUCAUUGUCUUCUCAUCUAGAGAUAAGAAACUAGCGCGAUAUCGUUUAUUUGUUCCAUGCUAAUAUAUGUCAAACAAAUCCAUGACAGAGAUGUGGAUUAUACUUUUAUGAUAUUAUAUUUAAGGAGUUGAACGCAUAAAAAUAAUAGACUGAAAAAAGGA